CUUUUCAAGAGAACCAGAUAGGCACUACUACUUUGAUGUUGGAGAAGGAUCAUAGUAAGUAGCCUUCUGGCCAAGGAACUCAUGACGUGGGUAGAACAGUUUCUCAGCACCGGAAGAUUCAUAUCAGCACACUAUCUUGUGGGCGAGAAACUUUCAAUCGACUACACUAGUUGAAUCCCUGUGAGUGAUAUUUCCUUGUCAUGACCUGUAGGCAAACGUUUGAAUUCAAUCUGACAUCCGUGCACCCGUGUAACACGUACAGUAAAUUCGUUUGUACGUGAAGCGUACUACGUCAGUUUCUAGGUAUCUAGUGCAGUUCGUGUGUAUGUGUUGCAAACACCCCAAAAGCGCAUGACAAGUCUCGUGGUUGAGUAAUGUCGUCUUGUCAUGUAUUGCACGGCAUUCUCGGCACAAUGGUUACUAGUUCGUCUUGGACCGAAACCCAUCCCAAGAGGCUCUCGUUUGCCAGGGAACAAGGCGAGGAAAGAAGUCAGUGGAGCAAGUAAAUCAUAAUGGUUCACGGAGUGGGACCACUCGACCUUCGCAGAACACUGAGUAGGUACUCGAAGUAGCGUGUGCACGUGUGUAUGGAUGUGGACUCGGGACUCUAGAGGAGUUUGCCCUUUCGAAAAUGAGGAUCACAAAGCGCCUCAAAGAGGAGAACCGUGGAACUCGGGACCACUGGCAAACUCUGCCCGGCGAUAUUGAGAACACUAAGGAGAAUAGAAUAAUUCGGAGUUGGUCUUUUGACUUUUUGGUGUGUGGUGAAACACGAUCCAUGUCAAAAGCUGAGAGGAUGGGCUGGCAAAUAUUGAAUGGUAUUCGCGGUCAAGGCGUGAAAUGGGGAAAUUGAGCAUCGUCAUAAACAGCUAAAAACGAACGAGCUUUUAUUCUCCUGCAAAAUGGGAGAGACCCUAGGGAUUGCCUGCAAUGUGUUUGAAAAGGCGGAACGCGAACGAGAUAGGAAAGAGCGGAUGAAGGCCUUGGAGGAUUGGAACAAGGAAAAACGGGUCCGGAUGAAACGGGCUAGUGUCUACUCCAAGUCUUCGACCUCGCGACAACUCAGUGAUCCCAUGGCCACCAAGAUCAACUCGCCAGUCAGUGUUGCCAAACGGCGCGUGGGCUCAAAUUCUUCGUCCUCGUCGAGGAUGGCAAAAUCGAGUGAAUGUCUCCGAGGCCAAGCGCAGAUGGAAAAGAACGGAGAAGAAGGCGACGAAGGAAACGAAGGAAACGAAGACGAGGAUGACUCAGCUGGCAAUCACGAUAAUGGGAGUGUCAAAUCCAAGAAAUCUGAUACUCCCAGUGCCAGUCAAGCGACUCGACGACGACGCAAAAAGAUCCUUUCUUCAACGAAUUCGUCCUCCACGUCCUCGUCGAUGGAUGAAACGACGGCCUCGCGUUGUUGUUGUUGUAUCAUCCUUUAAGCAAACAAGGUUGAUUGCUCAAAGCAUUUUCUCAAUCAUCGCGGCGGUCUCAAUAUAAUAAGACAACACGGCAUUUCUCACAUUCCAAGCAAAUAUGAAGAAGGCACAAUGUAAUAUUGGAACAGAUGAAUUAGAAGCUACUCACAGCUCAGCCUUAUCCAUUGACAAACUAGUGCACAAUAAACAAAAUAUACCUAGAGAGAAUCGGCGUAAUUAAACCUCCGAGGGAAAUGCAACCCAUGCUAUGUCCGCGAGAUCGACACUGAAAGCAAACUACUCUAUGCAUUCAUUGCAUGUCAAAUUGUGACCAUCUAAAUUUGAGGUUCCUAAUGGAGCAACGAAAUUGAGCUGAAAUUUAUCGACCACUUUCAAACUUUCCUGCUAGAUUUAUGAAUCAAAAGAGGGAACGGCAGUUAAUGUAGAUAUUAAUUCGAGUAUCUCUUCCGUUUAAUCAAUACUGGGGAAUAGAUUCACUUUAAUUAUUGAUUUAUACAUUCAUUGGAU